AUGGGAAGAGGUAAUGAAGCUCAAAUAAUAAUGAAGGAAGAGGAAAAACAAGUAUCAGCACUCAAGGUUUGGAAUGUAGAAGAAGAUGUUGGUAAUAGCGGAAGCGGUGAAGAUGGCGAAGUAGAG